AAUCUCUCUAUCGCUGUCCUUCUCAGAAUUCAUCGCCUUUGUUAACACAAAAACAGAUUCGCACUCUGAAAGUUUAGAUUUUUCUGUCUGGGCAUUGGUUUGAUUCAGCAAAUUUCUGACAUCUUAAAGAAUCGUUUUCUUUCCGAUUGAAUGAACCUCGGCAUGAACAUGGUGACGAAGAAGAUGGCAGUGCUUUACCAUUAUCCUUGCCAUGACGGUGUUUUCGCGGCCAUGGCCGCUCACCUCUACUUCUCAGCAAAUUCAAUGCCUACCCUUUUCUUUCCCAACUCUGUCUACUCCCCGAUCAAAAUCGACCAACUUCCUCUCCAAGAAAUCAGCCAUCUUUACCUCCUGGAUUUCACCGGACCACCUGGCUUCGUUCACCAAAUCUCUCCCAAAGUCGACAACGUCGUGAUCCUCGACCACCACAAAACCGCUGCCGAGACACUCCGGGACGUUUCUUCCAUGUUCAAGAACGUGACCAAAGUUUUAGAUAUGGAGAGAAGUGGAGCCACCAUUGCUUAUGAUUACUUCAUGCAGAAGCUGAUAGAGGAAUCCAGAGAAAGUUGCAGAGAGAUGACUGAUUUGAAAAGAAUGAGACGGGUUUUCGAGUACAUCGAAGAUGGGGAUCUCUGGAGGUGGAAGCUACCCGAAAGCAAACCUUUCUACAGCGGGAUCUCGGAUCUAAACAUCGAAUACAACGUUAAUCAAAACCCGUCACUGUUUGAGCAGUUACUCUCCUUGGACCUGGACAAUGUCAUCAACAGAGGAAAAGCGAGUUUAUCGCAGAAGCAAAAGCUGAUUAACGAGGCCCUCGAACAAUCGUACGAGAUUGUUCUUAACGGGGAUGGAGAAUUCGGUCGGUGUUUGGCUGUAAACGCUGACGAGAUUGCGGAGAUGAGAAGCGAACUCGGGAAUCAACUAGCGGAGAAGAGCAAGAAUCUGAAACUCCGAGGAAUCGGGGCCGUUGUUUACAGAGUUGCAGAGCUUGAGAGUGAAAACAAGCUGAAGAUAAGCCUGAGGAGUGUCCCAGACGAAGACACGACAACUAUUUCCCAGAAAUUCGGAGGCGGCGGACAUAAGAAUGCAAGCUCCUUCACGUUGAGCUCCAUUGAGUUCGAGCAAUGGAAGGUGAAUAGGAACUAGAUAUUUGCCUUUUUUAUUUUUGCCAAAGCUUUGCUUUUGUAAUAAAUACAACAAAGCUAUAUUAGGUGUGAUCAUAUAUUUAUAAUAUGUAUGAUAUAGCCAUCUAAAGGAGGUUCUAUUGGUUAUGUAAUUUUUAGGGAUGGUUUAUUUGUUCAAUAACCGAGUAACCGAACCGAAUCAACCGAAUUAUAGUAUUUCGGUUAGGCUAGGUUUUUUAAUUACCAAUUGGUAAUAAAUAUUGAAUAAUCCUGUGGAUUUGAUUA